GUUUGGAUGAUGAUGAUGUUCCUCCACUGUGCUCUUUCAGAGAAGUUUGAGGUUGUGGGUCCAGUUGCUCCUGUUUGUUGCUGCAGCUGGUUCUGAUGUUGUUCUGCCGUGUUCUGUUCGACGCCUGGCUGAUCGCUCCAGUUUGAGUGCUGUGGAUAUGAACAUUACGUGGAUCAGAUCAGACCUGGGAGGUGCUCCAGUGCAUUUAUAUGGAAAUCAUAAAGACAUGAACACCAGAAAGAGUCGUCAUUACAGAGGGAGAACAGCUCUGUUUAAAAAGGAGCUGAAGAAUGGUAACAGCUCACUGAGACUGAGUAAAGUUAUUAUUUCUGAUGAAGGAGAGUACAGAUGUCGUGUUGUCUCUGAAUCCUGGAGUGAUAAUAUCUCUGUGAAACUUGAAGUUGAAGUUAUUGGAACACGUCCAGUGAUCUCUGUGGAGAACUAUGAUAGUAGCUCUGAAGAGUUCAGUUUACUGUGUGAGUCUAAAGGCUGGUUUCCUGAGCCUGAUCUUCAGUGGCUGGACAGGAAAGGAAACAAUAUGUCUGCAGGAGUUACAGAGUUACAGAGACACGCUGAGCUGUUCAGUGUGAAACGACGCUUCACUGUACAUUACAGUGACAUCAGCAAAUACUACUGCAGAGUCACACUGAGAGAACACAUGAUGGAGGAAGAGAUCACACCUAGUACCUUCUAUG